GAGUGGGAAGCAGCAUGGUCUCCUGCAAAGCCUUCUGAGAGAGGAAGGAAGGAAGGAAGUGUUUUGGCAACAUGGUGAGAGCUCCGUGCUGUGGGAUUGGUGUGAAGAAGGGGCCAUGGAGUCCGGAGGAGGACGAGGCUUUAGUAGGUUACAUCCAGAGAUGCGGCCACGGGAAUUGGCGUGCGCUGCCGAAGCAAGCCGGGCUUUCGAGGUGUGGGAAGAGUUGCAGGCUCCGGUGGAUGAACUACCUGCGGCCUGACAUCAAACGAGGAAACUUCUCCCUGGAGGAACAGGAGACCAUCAUCAGAUUGCACGAGACCUUUGGGAACAGGUGGUCUUCCAUUGCUGCCAGCCUACCUGGCAGAACGGACAACGAGAUCAAGAACGUGUGGCACACCCACCUGAAGAAGCUUGUCAGCCCCAACACUUCAUCCAGAGAACCCAAGAAGAAGAAGAAAGCAGGUGGUUCCCGGUCAAAGAAAGCCUCGGAGACCAUAACCAUGCAGCUCGAUACAGACUCAGAGAACGCGAUGUUUGUGUCAGUGGUGUCAAAGGCGCAAUCAAAUAGCGACUUCUCGUCUUGUGGCACUGAUUCACCGACGGUGUCGAGAGAGAUCAGUGACGAUGCAAGGGGAAGCUUCUCCUCGGACGCAUUCCCGGAGAUCGACGAGAGCUUUUGGUUGGACGCAUUCUCAAUGGAUGACUCUGCCUCAUCCGUCGAUCUUCCGCCGGUCAGUGAGCUUUCCAACCUGUUGGUAUCAUCCGACAGUGACGACAUGGACUUUUGGCUGCAAGUUUUCGAGGGAGUUGGAGAUUUGCAGGAGCUGUCACGAAUCUAACAGAUAGUCCGAGUACUAAAAUUCAUCUGACAUCAAUUCUUUCAAGAACUGAAACGAUUUGGUGGUGACCAACUGACAAUUCAAGAUAGAACGACAAGAACAGCAGCUCGAGAGGUUUUCUUUUGGAAGAAAAGAUUGAUCGGAAGCAUUUGGUCGAGCUAUUGAUCAUAUGAGGGACCAAAAUAGCAAAUGUAUCGGAUUUCAAUUUUAUAUAUUACCGGGAUGUUGUGCAAUCAGAUAAAUAUAAGGAAAAAUUAUUCCCCAUUUCUCUUUUUUUUUCUUUGUGUGU